UGCUGGGAAGUAAGGUCAAAAAUCACAGGCUGCUGUUCAAGACAAUCACCAUCGACUGCUGCUGGAAAGAUCGUCAAACUAUUACUCUUGGGGUACAACACGUUUGUAUAAGUUUGUUCGCUCAAAAGAGACGGAUCGACUUUGCUAAGAAUUAUUCAACAUUAAACUUAAAACACUCUAUCGCCCUCGUGCACUCUGCCGAAGACACAACACCGUGGCUAACUAACGUUAGCUGGUCAGCUGCAGCAUUGUUAUUGUUUUCGCUGGGUUUGGCGGCCGUAUAAACACUACUCCCCGAGGUACCCCAGCCCAGGCAGGGGUCCGGACUGGCUGAGUGAUGUGUUUCUGCUCCUCCCGGGAAGAUGGAUGAGAAGUCCACCAGCAGCAGCCACCAGAGGCUCCUCAUCGCCCUGCUCAUGUCGUUGCUUUUCGGAGUCAUCACGGUCCAGUAUGUGUGUCCCAGCAGGUCCGAGUGCCACAUGCUGCACCAGUUGGGAUCCUGGUUGAAAGUCGGCAGUGCACCUGGUCCCCGGAGCAGUGGUAACGAACCCCGGGACGUGCUCCAAAAAGACCCGUACAUUGCAGAAGACGGCGCCCUGGUCCGCUUUGUCCCCCGUUUCAACUUCACCAAAGACGAUUUAAAUCGCGUUGUAGACUUCAACAUCAAAGGAGACGACGUUAUAGUUUUCCUACACAUUCAAAAAACAGGUGGCACCACCUUUGGGCGACAUCUUGUGCGAAAUAUCCAGCUGGAGAGACCGUGCGAGUGCCAUGCGGGCCAGAAGAAAUGUACCUGUUACCGGCCAGGUAAAAAGGAAACCUGGCUCUUCUCCCGGUUUUCUACCGGCUGGAGCUGUGGGCUUCAUGCGGACUGGACGGAACUAACCAAAUGUGUCCCGUCACGCAUGAACACACGAGAGGCUCCCAAGAACCUGCCCAGAUGGAACUAUUAUUAUAUAACCAUCUUAAGAGAUCCAGUAUCACGCUAUUUGAGUGAGUGGCGUCAUGUGCAGCGUGGUGCCACAUGGAAAGCCUCCUUACACGUGUGUGAUGGACGUUCACCAACGCUGUCUGAGCUGCCAAGCUGCUACCCUGGAGAUGACUGGUCAGGCUGCUCCCUUCAGGAGUUCAUGGACUGCCCCUACAACCUGGCCAACAACCGGCAGACCCGCAUGCUGGCUGACCUCAGCCUGGUUGGAUGCUACAAUGUCUCUGCCAUGAGCGAGGACGAGCGCUGGGCAGUACUUCUGCACAGUGCUAAGCGUAACCUACGGGACAUGGCCUUCUUUGGGCUGACUGAGUACCAACGUAAGACACAGUACCUGUUUGAGCGAACCUUCAACUUGGAGUUCAUUGCACCCUUUACACAGCUCAAUGGCACACGUGCCUCUAGUGUUGACAUACCUCCUGAAAUACAACGCACAAUCCGUCAGCUAAACCGAUGGGAUGUAGAGUUGUACGAGUACGGCCGAGACCUUUUCUUACAGCGUUUCCAGGUGGCGCGGCAGCAGGAGCGCAGGCUGGCCAGAGAGAGGCGGCAGCAGGAAAGAAGGCGGCUCCGUGGAAGGCUUACAACAAAGCAAUGGAGGCAGCUGAAGCCCACAGAAACACCCCGUCAGCUUGACAGCCACUCUGUAGUUACUGAGGAGCAACUGAGGAAGAAGGCUGGUGGAGACAAUGUGGAGUUAGAGAUGCCUCUCCCAGAGUGGUGGGAUUUGGACGAGAAUAGCACCAUGGAGGAUUACAUGGACAACGUGGAACAGUGGUAGGGACAGGAAUGAGAGGUCUUAAUGCUAAAUGUGCCAUGUUGUGCAUUGUCUGUUGUUAAUAAAUCCAAGUUAUUUUUGUAUAUGCUCUUCAUUAUCUUUACUCAAUGAACUGUUUUAAAAAAACACAUGUAUUUAUUGAUAAUGAUUGUAUGUCUUCGCCACAACUGAUAUUCAUAAGGUAAUGGAUGGAUUUUUUUUUUCUUUUGCCAGAAAAAGAAGCUGCUCUUUCUGCUGUCUUACACUUGUCCAUGUUCACACAAGCCUUUUAGUCUCUUCUCCUGGCUUAUAAAUACAUUUGAACCCUCAUCAAACUUUAAUUGAUGGGAGGAUCCUGUUUUUGGUCAAAUGAACAAUAUAAUACUUGUUUCUAUUUAAAAAAUGUUUGUGAUUAACAAUCAAUAUUUUUUGCAAGAUUGUUGUCUCCUUUGAAAUGUGUACAUUUUAAAAUGUACCUGUGUUUUUAAGUGUCUCUUUAAGUGACAGAAAAGAACGGCAUUUUCAUAGAUACCUCAAUGUGUUGUGUUAACUGCUAAUGUUGUAAAAUUACUGAAUGUGUCCCAAGUCUCAAUUUUUAUAUAAAAACAAUUUUACAUCUA